GGCCAAUAUAACCAAACAUUUCGAAAGGAAAAGCUCAAGCAGUGUGUUUGAUGUAAUAAUGAAAAUAAAUUGAUCUGUUCAUAAAACCGUUCUCAAAGUUCAUCGGCCUAUUUCAGAGAAGCGAAUAUUUUCUAAAAAAAUUAAUUUGCUUCAAGCUAAAAUUUUAGAUCUUUGUAUUCACUGCCAACUAACAUGAUUUGGCUGUAUUGAUUCUACUACCUUUGCGCAUUCUUGUGGACGAAUGGAUUAAUAAAAUCUAUGGUCUCUCUCUCUCUUCAACAAACAAGCCUCUUCCACCCAUUUCAUUUCAUUGUAUUUCAACAACUUAUAUCUGGCUAAAUCAUAGAAAUGACGUCUAAAAGUGAAAAAGAUCGUGCUAAACAAAUACAGGAUCGUUGUCAGAAUAUAUUAGUGCAAAUGCUUAAAGAUGAAGACAACAAAUACUGCGUUGACUGUGAUGCAAAAGGUCCACGAUGGGCUUCAUGGAAUUUGGGUAUAUUCCUGUGCAUCCGCUGCGCUGGGAUCCAUCGGAAUCUGGGUGUUCACAUCUCCAAAGUGAAGAGUGUCAAUCUCGAUUCGUGGACUCCAGAGCAAGUGGUGUCGCUACAGCAAAUGGGAAACAGCCGCGCCCGGGCCGUGUACGAGGCGAACUUACCAGACUCGUUCAGACGUCCACAAAACGACAUGUCCUUGGAAUCGUUCAUACGCGCCAAAUACGAACAGAAGAAAUACAUUGCGAAGGAGUGGGUGCCCCCGCAGCUGCCCAAAGUCAACUGGGAUAAAGAAAUAGACGAAGAGAUGGAUCGACAGAAAAGGAAAAAGAAGUCGGCGACGUCAUCGCUCGGACCCCUGCCGGCCCCCGCUGUUGCUGAUAAGAAAUAUAAUAAGUCCGACGUGAUACCGAGCAUACCGAAACCAAAAUCUUCAGUCAGUCCUAAGCUCGGUAGGAGCACGCCUCCCGCACACCCGGACACCAGCAAAACGUCCAACGGCUCCGCAGAUCUCCUCGGCUUGGACACCGCCAAACCGGACCCCGUGCCCAGCAACGACGACAUCUUCUCCAGUUUCUUUUCGGCGCCACAAGAGCGACCAGCCGAGCCGGUCAAGAACGAUAUCAGCAACGACUUGAAGGUCGAGGAGGAGAACUUCUUCAAGCAACCAGCGCCCUCAGAGAAGGAGAAGUCUAAGCUGACUAAGGACAGCAUCUUGGCGUUGUACAGUCAAACGCCGGUGGGAGCUCAGUUUCAGGCGCCGAGCUACCAGUACCCGUCGAAUGCUGCUCCGCAAGGGUACUGCGCGAUGCCGCAAGCCAGCACCAUGCCGUACAACUACCAGCAACCCUUCGCGGCGCCGACCCAGCAACCAUUGCAACCACCGUUUGCCAACAGCCAACUCUUCAGCCAACCUCAGCAGACGCAGCCAAUCCAACAGCAGUUCGCCAAUUUGAACUUGGGACAGGGUUUUCCUAAUGCAUUCACGCAACAAAACGCGAACUUCGCAAGCAAUACAUCGUGGCAGUAAAUUAGUGUUUUUUUUUAAAUUAUUAAUUAAUAAUAAAAUUUAUUUCUUGAAAGGUGCACAUUAAUUUUUAGAUGCAUAGAUAAAUUUCUAUUUAUUUUUUUAUUUUUAAUUUUUUUUAAUUGUCUAUGUUAAGUUUUUUUUUUAUAUAAUGUGCACACCUGAUACUUAUUUACAAUUUAGAGAAUGCACUAACGCAGCAAAUGUUAUAGACUGUUAGCGUAUACAUACAUCUGGAAUAAUUAUUUAAAAGUAACGUAUUGAGAUUUACAAUAUGGCAACAAUAAAAGAAAAAUUGCCAGAUGCAAUAUUUAUAAUUGGCAAUAAAUAAAAAUAAAUGUAACUAUCUCUGUACUUAUAAAUCCAUUCAGAAUCGUUUUUUUUUUUAUAUAACUGUCUAAAUAAUAAUAUUAUUUUACAUUAUAUCUAAAUAGUUUUAUUA